AAGACUCAACAGACGAACUUCAUCUGAGAGUGACCUUUGACCUUUGACCUUCGACAUGUCUGAUAAACCCACCCAGAAGAACAGGGGGCGCUACAACAAUCCGGUGGCGAAUCAGAACUUCGAUGACAAUGUUGAGGAUUUACCUGAGUACGAGACUUUUGAGGACGACUUCAAACCCAGAGGCUUCGGCCCUGCAGACGGGUCUCUGACGGUGCACAAAGUGGACAUGCUCCAGGAGAGUAACAUGCCCGUGCACUUCACCUACGCCUUCGACAUUGGCAGCCUGGUGGUCCGCCGCGGGCAGCAGUUCAUGAUGCAGGUCACCUUCGACCGCGAGCCGGCGCCGAGCGACGACUUCCAGGUCGAGUUCCUCAUCGGUACUGACCCAUCAGCCAGUAAGGGCUCCCUGAUGGUGGUGACUUUCGGCCAGCGUAAGGGCGGCCCGUGGGCCGGCGAGGUUCUGGAGCGGCGUGGCGAAACUCUGGUUCUGGGCGUCACGCCGACGGCCAACGCCAUCGUGGGGAAGUUCCGUACGUACGUGGCGGUGGUGGUGCCCCACGGCAUCCAGAGGACCAAGAGGAACACCAAGACCGACAUGUACCUGCUGUUCAACCCCUGGUGUCAAGAGGACGCGGUGUUCCUGGGCAACGAGGCGGAGCGGCACGAGUACGUCCUGAACGACUCGGGGAACAUCUACCAGGGCUCCCUGGACUCAGUGGUGAACCGCGACUGGAUGUAUGGACAGUUCGAGCUCGGCGUGCUGGACGCCUGCAUCCACAUCCUGGACGCGUCCCGGAUGCCGAUCACUGACCGAGGCAACGUCAUCACGGUGGUCCGGAAGGGGUCGGCCAUGAUUAACUCCCAGGACGAUAGUGGCGUGCUGGUGGGGAACUGGAGCGACGACUACUCCCUGGGCCAGUCCCCGACGUCCUGGACCGGCAGCACCAAGAUCCUGCUGCAGUACGCCAACACCGGCGUCUCCGUGUCCUUCGCCCAGUGCUGGGUGUUCGCCGGAGUCUUCAACACCUUCCUGCGCGCCCUCGGCAUCCCGUCCCGGGUGGUCACUAACUUCAACUCGGCUCACGACAACACGGGCAACCUGAAGACCGACCUCAUCUUCAAGGAGGACGGCUCGCCGGACAUACGCAACACCAGGGACUCCAUCUGGAACUACCACUGCUGGAACGAGAUCUGGUGCACCAGGAAGGACCUGCCCGCCGGCUUCGGGGGCUGGCAGGUGGUGGACGCCACGCCUCAGGAGACCAGCGACGGUCACUACCGCUGUGGUCCCGCCUCACUCAAAGCGAUCAAAGAAGGAGUUCUGUGUCACCCGUACGACGCCGGCUUCGUGUUCGCUGAGGUGAACAGCGACGUGGUGUUCCACAAGAGGGACCGCUACGGCACGCUGACCCCGUACCGCGUGGAGACGGCCCUCAUCGGCCUGGCGGUCUACACCAAGGGGCUGGGGGGGGAGCACCCGGUGGACGUGACCUUCAACUACAAGUACCCUGAAGGCAGCCCUCAGGACGAGGCCACCAUGAAGCAGGCUGAGGAGUACGGCUGUGCCAGAGACCACUCGGAGAUCCCCGACAACCCGCUGACUGUCUCACUGCACGCCGAGCGGGUGCUGCUGGGCGAUGACGUGUCCCUGCAGGUGAGCUUCACCUACAGCGGCCCCGGUGAGCGCGAGGUGAAGGUGCACCUGGAGGGCUCCGUGGUGUUCUACACCGGCGUCACGGCCAGCCGCUUCAAGAACCACCAGUUCACCGUCACGGCGCCGGGCGGCCAGACGGUCACAGAGGUCAUCCGGAUCCCGGGUCAGGAGUAUUUUCCUCACCUGGGCUCUCAGGUCAGUCUGAAGUUCAUCGUCUCCGGAAAGUCGGAGGACCACACGGUGACGGCCAUCAAGGUCAUCAACCUACUGACCCCCAGGCUCACUGUGCAGCUGAGUGGGCGGUCCCGUGUGCGUCACAUGAUGUACAUGACCGUGUCCUUCACCAACCCCUUCAACUUCUCCCUGGGCAACGUGUACAUGGCCAUGGAAGGUCCCGGAAUGAUGAGCUACAGGAUGCGCUACUACAGCAUCAUUGAGCCUCAGGGUUCCAUCUCCUGGACGGAGGCCUUCAGGCCUCGGCUGAUGGGGAACCGCACCCUGGUGGCAGUGAUGGACUGCAACAACCUUCGCCAGGUGAUGGGAGUGGCUCACGUCAGCAUCACAGCCUGAGAGGCUGAUUGGUCCACAGAGCUGCUACACCCGCCCCCUUGUCAUUUCCGCCUGUCCGCCAAUCACAGCAGCUAGAAACGAGGGGGCGGAGCCAAACCAACAGCGCAAAUCUUCGAUUUCUUCUUAAAUUUCUUUCAGGAAACCAAUUACAUAAAACAAUAAUUAAUUGAUGUUUUCUCCUCUGCUGAUGGAUAUUUGUGAUUCUUUAAAGAUAAAUUCAAAUAAAACCUUGUUAAGAAAUAAAAGACUUUUUACAGGUCCAGUCGUUAAUAGACAAUAAAUCUAGUUUUAAGGAUUGUUUAUCACGUUCAUUUACAUAGAUUAAAUAAACGCUGUUCUUGAUAAGCAGAAUAUGAAAUAUUGAUCCAUCAGAACAUCAAACCUGUUUAAUCUCCAGUUUUUAAUGUCAAUGAAUGUGAUUUUAAUAAUUUUCUUAUUAAUGCAAAAUUCUUUCUACUCAAUAAAAGCUUUUUCAAACCCACAAA